UCGACCGACCUACCCAAACUGAAUCAAUACGGAAACGGACAAGUGCGAUUCCCCCUCGUUUCUUCCGUUCUUCGCCGCGAGACCUUCGACCGCAGCUCAACUCCGGCGAUCCCAAACAUGGCAGCAAAACCCUUGCGAGAACGGGCUAUGGAACAAGGUUCUGAUCAGAGUCUUUCAGAUGAGGACGAGCCUGAUCAGGUGACUUACGACCUCAAUUUCUCCGGAAGAAUCCAAUCCCUACUCUUCUGUGGUCGCAAGCUUCAAGAUACUGAUGAAGUAAAUGAGCAGAGAAUUUCCUCUAUGUUACCUGAGAAGGUGGAACUUUUGAUGUCUGAGAAUGGAAUUCACAGAACCAAUCAUGAAGACCAUGAGGUCACGCAGAAUCAGCUUAGAGAAGACCAUCAUGCAGUUUCUAGUAGUGAAUCUAUUUCUGAUGAGGAGAAUAUGGUCCUCACAGAGCUGUCAGAUGCCUGUCCUGCUCACGUACAAGGAAGUCUUGUUGGUUCUGUAAGAAAAAAUCAAGAAGGAGAAUGCACAAGUUUGGAAGUAAUGGGGGAAAGCAAGGAGUUAUCUUCUUUGCACAAAAAAGCUUGCAGUUCCUCAUUCACUAGUCGCAUCUCAGAACCAAGAAAAGGUUAUAGAAGUGGCAAAAGCAAAUCCAAGGCCAAGUUUUCUAUUCGCUCAGAUUUGCAUUCAAGAAAACUACCCUCAUCUUGCUCCAUGGAAAAAAAUGAAAACCCUUUUAUGGCAACAUAUAAAAGCUUUGGAGAGCAUGUCAAUCUAGACUACAACACUUCUGAGAAUGUGAUGGUGCAUCUAAAGCAACACCAGAAAGUUGUGCCUGCCAAGUUAGCACCUGAUAAAAUAGUUGGUGCAUUGCCGUCAAUGGCUGAACUACUGGAAGAUUUGGCAAAACAUGGGCAAGCUACAGAAGCUUUAGAUGUGAAAUCGCUGAAGAAUGCAAGAUCAAAAGAAAUAAAAACACCAUAUUCUGGGCGAACUGUUUCUCACUUGGGUUCGAGAUUUCUCGAUAAUGAAGAUCCCCUUGAGUUUAUGGGAUGUGGAACAUCUAGUGAGGAUGAGGAAUGGAUUCACAACCACUCAAGUUUUCCAAGGGAAAGUAUCAAACAACAUACUAUGGGAGAUUUAUUUCAGGAAACCUUUAAUGUAUCAGCUGAAGGUAGCUCUUCAUUGCCCAAGCACAGGAGUACAGGGUCUAGUUAUUAUGGGAGGGUGCAACAAGUUAUACAGAUUGAGAAAGAGAGACAUUUGGAAUUGUCAAAGCAGCCACAGACAGUACUAAGCGUGCACAAUGAGCUAAGCAUCAUGGUGCAGAUAAUAACAAGAUUUUUGGAGGCAAAACUGACAGUUUGCCAUUGCUUAUUUCUUGAAACUUUCGAGGGGCAAUGCGAGAAUGAUUCCAAGAAAUUUGCAGAACGGUUGGGAAAUCUGAGAACAAUUAUUUUCAGUUCAAAAUUUUGCAGCAAUGUGGAGCUUGAAGUAGGCAGUUAUAUUCGCAUACAUCCGCCAUGGAAAGAGGUUCGAGGUACCAAAGAUGAGAAGAUCAUAUUGUGCAGUUACUUCUCGCAGAUUUUGACAUGACUCUUUUAUGAAAACUGUGGCAUGGAUGAUGACCUCAGACUGCAAGAUUUCAUCAAAAUUCUAUAUAUUCCCUCUUUUAGACAUGCUAAAUUCCAAGCGGAAUCUCUCUUUUUCCCAUCACGCGCAGAACCUUUUCUUCAAGGACCUAAAAGUUAAGCCCAAAUUGCCUUAAAAUUAUGCAUCACGAUGGCUGGUCCAAUGCUUCUUGGCUCUUGCAGGGUUCUUGGAGGUUCCUGACACCGGGCAGUCAUUAAUGGUUAAUUCGAUCCUACCAUACAGGGAGUGUCCUCACCUCUCACAUUUGGGUGGUAGGUUUAAAUUUUCCGUCAUUAAUGAAAGCUUAAAUUUAUGAUCAAUAUGCAUGAUAUCAGGAAUCUCACGCCACUCACCCAGCAACAAGGACGUUUAAUAAAUUUGUGGAUCCAACAGCAACUCCUCCUAACUCCCCUAUCUACAAUCACUGUUGUAGCAACGUAGACAGUGUCUGGAAUCACGAUCGUAGUGACCUGCGUACGAAAUGGUUUAAUAAAAGGGCACUGUGCUUACUGCUGUCCUGUCUGUUGAUACUCCAAAGACGACGAAUAGGAAGGUAGGGUUCGAUAACUGGUCAUGUGAAUGAGGAUCCACAGGUGCUUUAGAAGGAUUCAGUCAAAUGACAAAACGAAUAGGCAUCUUUUUUACACGACGAAUUGGAUAAUUAAGAGGUUAUCAUGCAUGAUGAAGCGGCAACAAGGACAAGUGGUGAAGCUGAGUAUGCUGAAUUGACGAUGAUCAUUAACUCUGUCGGCAGGAACCAUUCAUCUUAUAAACUUUCAACAUCUUGAUCUCUUGCAUAUAGAUAUAUUUAAUUUAUUAAAGCCAACAAUAAUUGAAUGUAUGAUUUGUUAAAAAAAAAUUGGUAUUUAAAAAAAAAGCA